ACUGAAUGCAAAAUGAACAUCCAUAUUUCACAUAAUCCACAUAAUAAAUCUGAUUUUUUUAAUAUAAUGACAAAUGUUUAUCUCAUACUUGACUAUCAAUGGGCAGACUAAACGAUUCUCCUGAGUCAAUAUAAUGACCACACCUUUUAAUUGUUUUCUCCAUACGUCAGUGUUUAGGUGAGUUGUUAACUGGAAAUGAUAUCACAAUGUUAGAGACGCGCUGGCAGGUGACAACGUUGCGAGGGUGACACGUUGUCAAAGACCAGCAACAAUGAUAUCUUGCAGAAACAUCCGGAUGCCCUGCCUUGGUUUAGUGGCUUUCAUCAGUGUGAUGGCCCUCUAUUACCAUUGGGACAUGCCAACAGCGAGGGAGAGGGAGCAGGAGCUGAGGAAGACGAUUCUAAGAGACAUGUGCAAAGAAGAAAAGGAGACCUUUUCCAAAGAGAAAAACAAACGUAUUAACGGAAUUCUGCAUAACCUCCUUGUGGAUGACAAACAAGGCAUCAUUUACUGCUUUAUACCAAAGGUGGCGUGUGGUAAUUGGAAGAGGUUCAUGCACGUACUGAAACACGGUGAACCUUACCCUGAUCCCAAGGACAUACCUGCCAAAGUGGCCCACGAUGGAAAGGGUCUGACCAGUCUUGCCAGCUUUCCAGAAGUGGAGAGGAAGGCCAAGUUGAAGCAGUACACCAAGUUCAUGUUUGUCCGCGAUCCCUUUGUGCGCCUCAUCUCAGCCUUCCGGGACAAGUUCCUAAAGAUCAAUCCGUACUUUUAUCAAUUUUACGGCCGAGCCAUUCUGCAGCGCUACGGAAACCAGUCCAACCCCCCGUUGAAAGUGACGGAGGCGUUUGAGUUAGGCAUCCGCCCUUCCUUCUAUAGCUUUGUCCAGUACUUGCUGGACACGAAGAAAAACAAGCGUGGGUUUGACUCCCACUGGAAUGAGUUUCACCGCCUGUGUCAACCCUGCUUCAUCGAGUAUGACUUUAUCGGCCAUCAGGAGACGCUUACAGAGGAUGCAUUGCAGCUGAUAACGACCUUGAACCUGGAGGAACAUAUCAAAUUUCCAUCGGCUUACGAAAACAUGACGAACCCUUCAUCAGUGUCUGACUGGUUUAAGGAAGUACCACUGGAGGACAGGAGGAAGCUCUACGAGAUCUACGAGAGGGACUAUGAGCUGUUUGGCUACGAAAGGCCUCACAGUUUACUCAACAACACACUCUAGAGGAGGAGCUUUACUUUGGGCCACUUGUUCAUUUUGGUGGAUGUUCAACAUGGAGCACAACACCCCCAAGAAGACUUCAUUUGGUUCAUACUUUUAUUUUUUUAACUCCUGUGUCGUUUUGGAUUGGGUUUGUAUGACUGUACUGAAAAAUGAAUGAUGUUUAAUAUGAACAAAAUGAGAUUAUAUUGCACAUUUGAUUGUUAAAUUAGCAUUUUGGCAUGCUGCCUUUCUUAAAUUUAACUUCUCUUUAGGUUUGGAAAUUAAAAAAAAUGAAAAAAAACAUAAAAGUAACAAGGAUGGGUAGUGGUUGGAUUUUGCACGAGGAACCCCUCACACUUAAAGAAAGGUUAUUGCUCAUCCAUUCAUCGAUACUGCAGUUAUGCAGUUUUAAUUACAUGGAAUUUGACAAAAUCCACUUCAUGAUGGCGCAUUUUCAAUUUGAUCAAAAUAAAAUGAAAAUGUGUGACUGAUCAAA